AUGGGCUGUGCGGCGUCCACAGCAGAGGUUCCUAUCGACCUGCAUGCAAAUCCGGACAUCGAGAAGCUCACGGUCUUCGACUCCAAAUUCGUUGUCCCGGAGGGCAAGAACCGGAUGUUGCGCCUGAAGGGAAAGAUCUUCUCUUUCAGUGGAGACAGCUACAAGAUUGUCGAUGCCAACGAUUCGAGCAAGGUGGUGUUUCAAUGUCUCGGGAAGUUUAUGAACUUCGACGAGAAACGAGUCAUUUGUGAUGGCGAUGGGUGUCCCCUGUUCGUAAUCAAGGAACCGCUCAUGCAGGUGGAUGACAAGCAGUACGUGUAUGCUACGGACUCUGAUGGAAAACCUGCGCAGGAACUCUUCCGAAUCGGUUCUAACUUCGGAAACACUUCGCAGUACACCGAGAACUUAAAGAAUGCAAAAGGCGAGGCGAUUCAACUCCAGGGCCAGAUGACGCUCGUGAGCAUGAAGGGUGGAAUCUGGCUUGGCGACGUCAAGACAGGACAGCCCAUUGCCAAAGUCUGCAGCCCCGUCACGUACAAGGACUUCCUGCCCGAUGAUUUCGACCGGAAUGAAUACAUUGUGGAGAUUCCACCAGGU